AUGUCUCCAGUGGUGGAUGAGACGGCGGGGGACAUCCCAGUGAGAGACGUGGGACUGAAGGAAGGACUGAGACCAUCUGUCCCAGACUCUGUCCGGGACCCGAGAGCCGCAAGGAGGAGCCCCCAUAGCAGGAAACUGAUGGACCCUCAGCGUGUGUUCCGAGCCCCCAGGGACCAGCUGGAGGAGCUGUGUCUGCGGCUGCAGGAGGAGAACAACGUCCUCAAACAGCACUCUCGAUCUCAGGAGCAGAGGAUUCGCCGGAUGUCCACCCGUCUGUCCCGUGCCCGGCUGGCCCGGGACGUUGGGGGCCCCCCUGACCCCAGCGGGGUGCGGGACCGGGACCUAGAGGACCUGGUGCAGGCCCUGGAGGCUCGUGUGUCUCUGCUGCAGGGACAGAAGCAGCUGCUGCAGGACAGACUCAGGCUGAGCAAGACACAACUGCAGCAGCUGGGAGCAUCAACACACCGCUACAGGACAGUGAAGUGUGUGGACACAGACCCAGGGCCCCGCAGAGCCCCCCACACGGCCCCCCCUCGAUACGGCCCUGCACUGGACUCAGAACUGGGCAGCAGUGGAGCAGACCAGCUCCGGAUGGUCCAACUGGAGCUCACAGCACAGAUGCUCAGGGAUAGUCUGAGGGACCGAGACCGAGACCGGGACCGAGACCAGGACCAGGAGCUGAAGGACUUGAGGCGAGCCCAGGCUGAGACGCACAGGAUGAGCAUCAGGGAGAACGUGGAGGUGCUGCGAGUGCAGAGGCAGCUGUCAGAGAAGACCAUUGCUCUGAGGCUCACAGAGGAAAAACUCCUCCAUCUACAGGAGGCCUUUGAGCAGCAGCUGGAGGAGAACCAGCGGUCCCUGCAGAGUGGCCAGGGGCCUCUGCUGCUGAGGCUUGAGGAGCUGAGGACAGAGCUGAAGGACGAGAGACAGAGGAGUCUGGAGCUAGAGGGACAGCUAUCCACAUCCUCUGUGUCCCAGGAGACCACCACCAAGUUACAGGAGAGAGUGUGUGAUCUGGAGGCAGAGAGAGACCUCAUCAAACAGAACUAUGACUCUCUACUGCAGCGGACCUUCUCCUCUCCUGAAGCUCCGACACAGACCCACCAAGAGAAGCAGGAGCAUUCACCUGAGCGUCUCCUGUCUGACAGUCUACAGAGAGAGAGGGACAGGGUGCGGGUGCUGGAGGGGGAGGCAGAAGUGCUCAGACAGGAGGUCCAGCUGCUCAGAGAGGAGGCGCAGAGAAGGAAGGAGCAGGAGACUCUGCACAUGUCUGCUCCCUGUCCUCCUGCAGCUCCCUGUCCUCCUGCAGAUCUGUGGGACACCUCAGAGACUCAGAGACUUCUGGAGCAGCAGCUGGUCCACUAUAAAGACCAGGUGUCCACUCUGCAGCACAAACUGGACUCUGUGGCUCAGGCCUAUGACAUGAGCGCUGAGGACCUCAGCCAUACCCUCUUCCAGAUCAAAGAGUUCAGGCUGCAGCAGGAGGCCAGGACCGGCCUGGGCCUCCUCCACACUAACCCCAGAGCAGAGAAGAACCCCCCAGAGUUCACUCAGGUCCAGGCUGCACACGCAGACACCAUCCUGGAGCUGCAGAAGACCAGAGAGCUGCUGAGGGUGGAGCACAACAUCUGCAAAGACAUGCAGGAGGAGCUAAGGAUCCAGGGUCAGAGGUCGGAGCAAGAGCGAGAGGAGAACCGCCACAGGAGCUCAGAGAAGGAGGUGCUUCUGUCCAAACGCAGCCGACAGAUCAGCACUCUGCAAGCUCAGCUCAGAGAGUUGGCCUACAGCCCGCGGAGCUCGGGGUGGAGCCUCCCGGUCCAGUACACGUGGCCUGGGGUGGACCAGGAGGCCGUGCAGCCGCUGGAGGAGGAUCUGGUCUUCUCUGGACUGAGGCCUCAGGAGUCUCUGCUGGAAGUGCACAUCCAGGCCGUGACCUUCACCCCCGCAGGCCUGCGUGCCCUGGGGCAGGCUGACAGUGCAGUGACCUUCUGCACCUACAGUCUGCUGGACUUCGAGCUGCACUCCACUCCUCUGGUGUCCGGGGGCCAGCCCUGCUACGGCUUCACCUCCCGCUAUGUCCUGACCCCCAGGGACCUGGAGCGGCUGGGGGGCCCGAAGGGGACCAGGGGGGCCCCACUGGAGCUGCAUCAGGCUGUGGGAGGAGUCCGUUUCCGCACACUUGGAGCCGGGAGCCUGAGUCUGCAGGGGGCCAUGGAGAAGACCGGACUGAGAGCCGAGGGACGAGCCAACAUCACAGGACCAGCAGGGGGCGUGGUGGGGCUUCUGGACUAUUGGACUCGGCUGCACCCUCCUGCGGAGCCAGUGGAGUCUGAGCCCAUGAGAACAUCUGGGAGGCCAUCACAGAAGGUCCCACGGGUCCCACAGACCCCCCUGGGCUGGCAGGACCCCUCCACUGAGGAGGUGCUGGACCUCAGUGGGGGGAUCCCUAAUGAGUUGGUGGUGACCCUGGAGCGUUGUGUGGGUCUGAGGAGCCGUUGGCCUGGGCUCCUGCCGGACUCUUACCUCAGUUUCCGUCUGUACGACCUCCCCCCUCAUUCCUCCCCCACCGUGAGGGCCUCUGCUGAUCCUCACUUCCACCACUCCACCUGCUACCCCCUCGCUGUGACCUCGGACCUGCUCAGCUACCUGCGGAUCAGCAGUCUGUGGGUAUAUGUGUUCGAUGACAGUGAGGAGCAGAUGCCUCCUCUGUACUUGGCCAAGACCCCUGUGCCUCUGCGAGCGUUGGCAGAGGGUCGCGACGUCCGCGGGGACUAUGUGCUGAGGGAUGCAGCCGGGGGACCUCGAGGACUGCUCCGGAUCCAGAUCAAGUGGAAGUACCCCUUUAAACGUCCUGCUGACCACACAGAGGAGAGGAGAGAGGGGAGGAGAGACGAGAGGAGAGAGGAGAGGAGAGAAGAGAGGAGAGAGGAGAGGAGAGAGGAGAGGAGACCGUGGAGGAGAGAGGAGAGGGGAGAAGAGAGGAGAGAGGAGAGAGAGGAGAGAGAGGAGAGGAGAGAGGAGAGGAGAGAGGAGAGGAGCCAGAGACCCGUGGCCAAACCCAGACUCAAGAGUCCUUUGAAGCCCCUGGUCCCAGAGGAGGCGUCAAGAGAGAGGAAGACCAGGUCCAGGAAGUCCCCUGAGCCCGAGCCCCCUCCACACCACACGCACAGGAGCCUGAGGACCACUCCUUCACCUCCACCUCCUCAGGACCAGACCUCUGUGGAGCAGGACCCUGAGUCCAGAGCUCAGUCUGACUCUGAUGAAGAUGGUUCCUCUGCUGGUUCCUCUGCUGGUUCCUCUCACAGUGACGUGGUGGUCGUCCCGGCGGUCUCCCGGGUGGAGCGCGGGCCUCGCCUCAGGGUGGAGAUCCUGUCCCUGCGGCUGGAGCGCUGCUCUGUGUCUCUGGAUAAGUCUGUGCAGCGUCUGUUUGUGGAGUACCGUCUGUUGGGGAUCCCCCUGUGCUCCACCGAGACCCCCAUGUCCCUGCGCAAGCCCAGUGCAGGCCAGGAGGUGCACUACAACUUCACCAGAGUCAUCUACGUGUCCGGCUCCCGUGCUGCUCCUCUCAGGCAGUACCUGUUCACCGUGUUGGAGGGCACCGACCCGCACCAGGGCAGGUUGAGGUUCUCAGUGGUGAGCGAGCCCAUGGACGAAGAGGACGACUGUGUGGACGUGGGACAUGCUUUCCUGGACCUCAGGGACCUGCUGGAGACCGGGCAGGACGUGCUGGAGCGGGACGUCCCGAUUGUGGGAACGGACAAAGAUCAAGAGGUGAUCGGAUAUCUCAAAGUGUCUCUGGAGGCAGCUGUGGCUCUGAGCAGCAUCUACAGAGAGUUCCAACAAGACAAGGAGGACCAGGAGGAGGAGGACCAGGAGGAGGACAAGGAGGACGAGGAGGACAAGGAGGAGAGACAAGACCAAGAAAAAGAGCAAGAAUCACUCAAAGUCACAGAGUUUGACCAGGACAGUGACUUCUAG